AUGAGUUUAGUGAAAACAUGCAAGAAAAACCUACAGUUGAUGAGGGAUAAUGAGUUCGAAGAAUUGGUUGAGCAAGCAUCUUCAUUUUGUGAUAAACACGAUAUUACAGUUCCUACCAUGGAUGAGGAAUAUGUAAUUCCAGGGAGAUCACGGCGUAAUGCUCCAAUAAAGACAAAUUAUCAUCGUUAUCGUGUGGAGAUCUUUGUUCAUGUAAUUGAUGGGCAACUUGCGGAAUUAAAUGAUCGCUUCAACGAGGUAAGCACUGAGUUACUUACUUGUUUGGCAUGCUUGAGUUCGAAAAAUAACUUUGUAGCUUUUGACAAACGAAAGUUAGUUCGUCUUGCUCAAUUUUAUCCUGAAGAUUUUUCGGAUCGAGACUUAUUGAUGCUUGAAGAUCAACUUGAUGUUUAUGUUCAUCAUAUGCAUUCAAGUAGUGAUUUUUCUCAAUUGGAAGGGAUUAGUAGUCUUGCAGAAAAAAUGGUGGAUAAAGGAAUGCAUGAAAUAUUUUCUUAUGUGUAUUUACUUCUUAUAUUGGCUUUGGUUUUAUCGGUUGCAACUGCUUCAGUGGAGAGGGCAUUUUCCGUAAUAAAUAUUUUAAAAAUUCACUUCGCAAUAGAAUGA